AUGAGGUGCUCCACAUCUUCUAUUCUCGCUCUUGUAUUGGGUGCAGGUGUUUCUGUUGUCCCAGUUGCCAUAGCUAAACCUCAAGGUGUUGCAAUCACAGAAGAUGCAGGAGCCUCGUAUUCAGUAGUAUCAGCUCCAAGUGCAAAUGAGACACCAAGCCUGGCUUUGUCUUUGCCUGGUUCUUCUGACCUGGUCAGUACUGGUGCUGCUCUCGGCGGGGUCACCAAGCUUUUGAGUAGUAUCACUGGGCUGCUGAAGAGAACCACAUUGCCAGCGAAAGCUGUUGGUGAUAUCGUUUCUGUUAUAGUUGGCUUGGUUAAUGGGAUAUUGAAAUCCCUGGGUAGCAUCACUGACUUGUCUGAGCUCACCAAUGCCAUGAAGAGCUUAUUAGCUCAAGCUAUUUCUGCUCUAGAGGGUCUUUUGGAGAAAAGAGUAUUGGAUACUACACUGAAUGCCGGGUUAGCUCGGAUUAUCUCGACUUUCAUGACUCUGCUCACUGUGUUUGUUCAUAGAUGGUCGGGUAUUCUUGGUAACUUGUUGUCUUUGAAUUUCAUUGGCGUUGUUAGUUACUUAUUGAGCUAUCUUUUGUCGAUUUUGACCACCUUAUUGUCCGCUUUGUAA